AUGAAUCCGAUAUCAGUGACAGUUUGGGCAUUGGAAAGCCAUUGUUUUCUAGUGUAUAGUGUUUUGGCGGCGGUUUUUAUUGUCUUCACAGUGUUCCACAGAAAUAGACUGCAAGUGCUCGAAAAUAGAAUUGGCGAUAUCAAGAAAGUUCCAAAUGUUUAUUCUGCGAGAAAAGACCGAGAAGGACCAGACGAUGAAGAUGACCCAGAUUACCUCAUAUCAGCAAUUCCAGAGGACACCCUCCAUAUUCCGUACAAACCUCUGCGGAGGUCCACAGAAGAAGUAAUUCAAAGGUCCAGAGAGUACUAUGAUCUCAUGGCAACACGACGCACAGUGAGGAGCUUCAGUACGGAGCCAAUACCUCCAGAAGUUUUAGAAAAUAUCAUUAAAACCGCUGGUACAUCCCCGUCUGGAGCACAUACAGAACCCUGGACCUUUGUAGUGGUUCAGGACCCAAAUGUGAAAGAAGCAAUAAGGAACAUAGUAGAAGAAGAAGAGGAUCUUAACUACGCAAGAAGAAUGUCUAGACAAUGGGUUGCAGAUUUAAAACCGUUUGCCACAAAUGCUUCCAAACCAUACUUAUGUGAUGCACCAGCGUUAAUACUGGUUUUCAGGCAGACCCAUUCAAUGAGGGAAGACGGAAAGAAGCGUAUGCAUUACUACAACGAGAUCAGUGUAGCUAUUGCUGCUGGGAUAUUGCUGACAGCUGUUCAGUACUGUGGACUAGUAGCUCUCACGUCAACCCCAUUGAACUGUAAUGCGCGUCUUCGAGACCUUCUAUCGAGACCUUCCAACGAGAGACUGGAGUUGCUGCUACCUAUAGGGAGACCCCAUCCAGAUGCAACAGUUCCUGACCUCGAAAGAAAACGCUUGGAUCGGAUAAUGAUCAAAGUGUGA